AUGAUCGAUCGCGCGCUUGAGAAGGAGUUCACCGAGAACGAGGAUCAAAAUGAAGGGAAUGAUGCUGGUAGUUUCAACAAUAGUGUGGCUGAGCGGCAGGCUGUAUUGGAAACUGUAGCUAGAGUCAAGUCUAAGAAGAAUGAGACCAAGGAGGAAAAAUCCUUUAAACUUCACCAAGUUUUCAAUCUGGACAACGACAAUGGAGCCGAAGAGAUUCCAACAUUAAUUGAUAGAAAGGAUAAUGUGUUUAUCAUAUCAAAUUUUAAAUCUAAAUACCCAGUGCUGCAGUUGGACUUGAGGCUCAUAUCGGAUCUGGUUGUUGUCAUUGUCUCUGCAACAUGUGGUGGGAUUGCUUUUGCUUGUGCUGGACAACAGGUUAUUACCGGAUACUUACUAGCGGGAUCAGUUGUAGGACCUGGUGGUUUCAAUGUUAUAAGUGAAAUGGUGCAAGUUGAAACAGUUGCUCAGUUUGGUGUGAUUUUUCUUCUUUUUGCUCUGGGCCUGGAAUUCUCUACAUUUAAGCUUAGAGUUGUUCAUGCAGUUGCUAUUCUUGGAGGGUUACUCCAAGUUCUCCUUUUCAUGUGCCUGUGUGGAAUUAUAGCUUCGGUUGGGCUUGGGUGGAGUAUAGUAGUGUAUAAGCUCCCUGGUUUUGCCCUUUCUGAUAGAGUGAAGAGCACAAAGAAUUAUUGA